CAAAAAGUUUUGUUUACAUUUCACAACAAUUUAAUUUAUUAUGAUUUUAGACUAAGAUUCUCAUUGAUUUAAUUCAUAAUGACUGAUUCUGUGGAUGCAAGCGUACCGACUUUUCACAAACCAAAUUUGUACUGGACUUCGUUAAUUGCUGGUGGAGUCGCUGGAUUAGUCGUAGAUGUUGCAUUAUUUCCAAUAGAUACAGUAAAGACUCGAUUACAGAGUGAAAGAGGCUUUUGGAGAAGUGGUGGAUUUAGAGGCAUUUAUAAAGGCUUAGGAACUGCAGCAACUGGAUCCAUGCCGUCAGCAGCUCUAUUUUUCGUUACUUAUGAAUCAAUCAAGUCGUUCCUUAGCACUUCAAAGUCAAACCAAAGUCCUUUCGUACAUAUGUUUGCAGCAUCUUGUGGCGAGAUUAUAGCAUGUCUAGUAAGAGUUCCAGUGGAAAUAGCAAAGCAAAGGAAACAAGCAAUGCUAGUUAAACAAGGAACAACGUCAUUUCAAAUACUAUAUCAGGCAUUUAAGGCAGAAGGACUAAGGAAGGGAAUUUAUCGAGGAUUUGGCAUAACGAUAAUUAGAGAAGUUCCAUUUAGCUUUAUCCAGUUUCCGUUGUGGGAAUAUCUCAAAACUCAAUGGGAACCAACAACUGGCUUGUCAUUGAAUCCAGCAUUUGUAGCACUUUGUGGUGCUAUUUCUGGAGGAAUUGCAGCUGGCCUGACAACUCCACUUGAUGUCCUUAAAACUAGAAUAAUGUUAGCUGAAACUGCUCAGAAAGUAUCUAUUUAUAGGAUAUUGAAAAAUAUUUAUCGAGACAACGGAAUUCGAGGUUUAUUUGCUGGAUUUGUACCUCGAGUUAUGUGGAUUACAUUAGGAGGUGCCGUUUUCUUUGGAUUUUAUGAUCUAGCUACAAAUGUAUUACACGAUAGAAAAAGUUUUGCAUAAAAUAUUUGUAUUUAAAAGUAGAAAAUAAACGGUCGAAAAUAAUUUGAAAAGAAAA